GGGGAUGAAUGAGGGGUCGCGCGAUGGAAAGAGAGACGCAGCCUUACGUUAGGUGCGCCACGCACAGCGGGCGGAGACGGACGGAAGAGAUGCGAAAUGAGAGCAAAGAGCGUUGGGAGCGUUACUGCAGCAGCCGAUGGUGUGGAGAAAGGCAGCAGUCGUGCGUUUGGGCGCAAAGGUUCGUGGUGGGCUAAGAAUGGAAGCGGCCUAGUGGGCUCGGCGGCGGUGACCUGCUGGAACCUGAGGAAUGCAAGGACGCAGGCGCAGACAAAGGGCGAGGGGCGCGGUCUUCGGGCAGGCCGCAACAACUGCGACGAGAAUAGAUCUCGAGUGACGCGCUGGGGCGUGGGUGCGCGAGACGCACGGCGGAGUCGAUGUGCGCUCCGCUCCUGGAGGAAUGCGGUGAGGAGGGACGGGACUGGGGGACUACGCGACACGCGCGGCACCGACGACACGACAACAAACAAAAUUCAAAAAGCAGAAUCCCAACGAGGGCAGUAGUAGGAUGCAGAAGCGUCGCACAGCUCCGUCGCCCGCAGAAGAGGUUAUGUUAUCCACAAGCGCAUCCGCGCUCCUGGGAUGUUGAAACGCACGGCCCUGCGGGAAUCGUGCGGGCAAGGAUCCGGGCAAAUGAGGUCCUUACAUAUAGGCACAAAUCCGCUACUCCUCGCUGCGGACGCGCAAGGUUGCGACCGAUGCCGUCACAGUCACCACGAGAAAUCACGAGCAAGGUAGCGCAUGUGGAGUGGGUGGUAUCAUCCAUUCUACGAACAUUCAACACACCUCUGACCGCUCAGCCUUAUCGCGUGGCAGUGCAGGGACGGACAAGCCUCGAAGCAUCCCAUGAUGUUCUAGAAGCACAAAGGUCCAACCCCCGUCAUGCUGUUGAGCCCAGCCAUCGAAUUUCCGCGACGCCCAUACAAACGCCGCAGCACGCGGGCAAUGCCUGCCCUUGACCUGCGCAAGCUUACGCAGCAGUGGUCUUUUCCUUGGGCAAGGGCGUGAAUCGCAGGUACGGCUUCACAAUCUUGAAGUCGGGGAACAGCUCCUUGGCCUGUUCGUUGUUGACGCUGGGGUGGACAAUGACGUCGUCACCGGGUACCCAGUUAAUGGGGGUCGUGAUGCGGUGCUUGUCGCCUGUCU